AUUUUCAUGCACUGAACUCUUUCUCUAGAUAUGUCCUAUAGAUUGCCAAUUCUGCUGAGGAUUACGCGAAAUGCCCAAAGACUCACUGUUCAGUUGAAUACGAAAUUUACGAGAAGAUUGCUAGCGACCGGUUUCUCCUCUUCUUUGGCGUUGUCCUUCUUCACAUCAGCGGCACAGCAACCAGUAAUAACAACAGACACCAGUAAACCAAAAAACUUUGAUCUCAUUGUCCAAGAAGCAGAUGCGCUUUAUGAUAACUAUUUGAUAGACAAUGCUUAUAGCAUUUUGAGAAAGUUUGCCAAAAGCGAUUGUUCUGAACUGUUAUGGCGACUGGCACGAGUUGUAUGUGAACAAGCAAAAUUGAGUGAUGACAAAAGCAGGAGGAAGACACUGAUGUAUGAAGCUCUAGCACUUGUCGAAAAAGCCAUUGAGAAAGAACCGAAAGAAGGAUGUUUUGGUGCGCAUAAAUGGUACGCUAUACUACUCGAUUACGUGGGAGAAAUUGAAGGAAACAAGUCGCGGAUUCAAAAAUCCUACAAAGUGAAGGAACACUUGGAACGUGCAUUGCAAAUCUGCGAGAAUGAUCCGACAACAUGGCAUAUUCUUGGUGUGUGGCAUUUCUCUUUCGCUGAUAUGGGCUAUGCCACACGAGUCAUUGCAAAAACUAUUUUUGGGACACCGCCCAGCUCUACUUAUGACAAAGCUCUCCAUUAUUUCUUGAAGGCAGAAGAAAUCUCGCCGCAUUUCUACAGUACCAACACCUAUUAUAUCGCCGAAGCUCAUGAAAGAAUGGGCAACAAGGAUGAAGCCUUGAAGUAUUAUCUGGAUGCAUUCAAAAUGCCAGUCAUAACUGCUGACGAUAAACAGAUUCAUGAGAAGGCUCAUGAAAAAUUGCGAAGGUCCGGACUGAAGAAUACUGAGCUGCUAAAAGGAUAGAUUACAAAUUUCGACGUUUCUAGUGUAUAUAGUUUGACUUACCUCGUUGAUAUCAGAGUUCGAUUUUCAUGAUAGGUUUUUAUGGUAGAAUUGGUAAUUACUAUGCAACUGAUAUUUUGUCAUAUUUAUAAAC